UUUAACUGAAACCAUUUGCGGCUUUGGGUGAUCAAAGUCAAGAAGAGAGUUCGGCCAAAAAGAAGAGUCGCAGAAGAAAGUCAGAGGUUCAUCGCGUAUUCUUUUCUUACGGGAUCUGGCGUCCCCUUCCCAAUCCCAUCUUCAACGUUACAGCAUCUGUCUGGUGUGGCUGUGAAGGUGGGGGUGCGUUAAAUUGUGUCCCGAUGGGAGAUGGAAGCCCUAUGGCCACAUAUACAGUUGACGAAGCUCUGACUGCAAUGGGUUUUGGGAGAUUUCAAGCUCUUGUGCUUGCUUAUGCAGGCAUGGGCUGGAUUUCAGAAGCAAUGGAGAUGAUGCUUCUUUCUUUUAUUGGGCCUGCUGUGCAGUCUUUAUGGGGACUAUCUGCUCAGGAACAAAGCCUCAUAACCAGCAUAGUUUUUGCCGGCAUGCUAGUUGGAGCAUACUCAUGGGGAAUUGUUUCGGAUAAGCAUGGGCGAAGGAAAGGCUUCCUUAUUACAGCAAUAGUAACUGCUGGAGGAGGUUUUCUGAGUGCCUUCAGCCCAAACUAUAUCUGGUUGAUAUUCCUUCGAUGUUUGGUUGGUGUUGGUUUGGGAGGUGGUCCUGUGCUGUCAUCCUGGUUCCUCGAGUUUGUCCCUGCUCCUAAUAGAGGUACCUGGAUGGUUAUAUUUUCAGCCUUUUGGACCGUAGGAACAAUUUUUGAGGCAUCACUGGCAUGGUUUGUGAUGCCAACAUUGGGGUGGAGGUGGCUGCUUGCACUAUCUUCUCUACCUUCAACAAUUCUCCUUUUAUUCUAUGGGUUGACACCCGAGUCUCCCAGGUACUUAUGCAUGAAAGGCAAAAUGACCGAUGCUCAUAGCGUGUUGAAGAAAAUAGCAAGACUAAAUGGAACAGAGCUACCUUCUGGAACUCUCGUCUCUGAUCACCAUAUUCAAUUACAUGAGAAGAAUAUUCCAUCAGAAGACGUAAAAUUGCUUUCUCCAAGAAGAGAUGAAGGUGAAGAUCAGAAGAGCUUGGAUCAUAGCUCUGUGGGUCUCUCAUCAUUGUCCAUGCUUCUUUCACCUACCUUGUUGAAGUCGACUUUGCUUUUGUGGGUUGUAUUUCUGGGAAAUGCUUUUUCAUACUAUGGAUUGGUAUUGCUAACUACUGAAUUGAGCAAGGGACGGAACCAAUGCUCCUCGAAUGAUUUGUAUUCAGAGAAAUCCAAUGAUGUUAGCUACAGAGAUGUCUUCAUCACUAGCUUUGCUGAGCUUCCUGGACUUGUUAUAGCAGCUGCAACAGUAGAUAAACUUGGACGCAAGCUUUCAAUGUCAAUGAUGUUCUUCUUGUGCUGCAUCUUUCUUCUGCCAUUGGUAGUCGAUCAGCAAGCUGGUCUGACAACUGCCCUCUUGUUUGGAGCUCGGAUAUGCAUCACAGCUACUUUCACCAUCAUCUAUAUCUAUGCACCAGAGGUGUACCCGACCUCAGUUAGGACGACUGGUGUGGGAGCAGCUAGCUCAAUGGGUAGGAUCGGUGGGAUGAUUUGUCCACUAGUUGCUGUAGCUUUAGUGCAUGGAUGUCAUCAAACUGCAUCCAUACUUCUGUUUGAGGCCGUCAUUCUCAUGUCUGGAAUUUGUGUACUCCUCUUCCCAGUCGAGACAAAGGGGCGUGAUCUAACCGAUAGUGUUGCCACUGUAAAACACAUUGAUGUGUUAGAAUGAACAUAAUCAUGUUACUGCCAUAAAUAAACUAUAUAUAUGUACGCAAAUACAUAGAGCAGUGGCCUUUGUGGUA